AUGCCGAUAUUGUCAAAAAGUAAGAAUAAUAUAUGUGGAUACGUUGACGACAACUGGCAGAGUAUUCAAGCUGCUUUUGAGCAAAAUUUCAUCGAUGAAUUGGAUAUUGGUGCAAGUUUAAGUAUUUAUCAUCAUGGUAAAUGUGUUGUGGAUCUCUAUGGUGGUUGGAUAGAUUUUGAAAAGAAAGCUCAACCUUAUAUAUAUGAUACAUUGCAAUUAGUUUUCUCCACGUCGAAAGGAAUAUUGAGUGCGGCAGUAGCGCUCUGUGUCGAAAGGGGAUGGCUUGAAUAUGAUGCAGCAAUUGCGAAAUAUUGGCCCGAGUUUGGUGCAAACGGAAAAGAAAUGAUUACCAUUGGAGAUCUAUUAGCACAUCGAGCAGGUUUACCAUACAUCAAUCGAUCCGUAACGACAGAUGAAGCUUGCGACUGGUCGAAGAUGAUUUCAUUGUUGAUCAAUGAGAAACCUCAUUGGAUACCCGGAUCUACUCAUGGAUAUCAUGGCCAUACAACUGGAUAUAUUGCAGGCGAAUUGAUACAUCGUGUUGAUCCUCAGCAUCGUUCGUUUGGUCAGUUUGUUCGCGAAGAAAUCGACUCGGAAUAUUAUGUUGGUUUAACGGAUGAGACAAUCGAACAACGUGUGGCACCUCUUUAUGAAAUCCCAACUCAAACGAAAGAAACAGAUUCACAAGCUGAACAAACGUUGACAUGCAGUGGUGCGCUUCCUCUAAAUCAACCAACAAUGAUCUAUAACAAGGCACGCAUUCACCGAGCGCAAUUACCAGCUGUCAAUGGAAUCACAAAUGCUCGUUCGUUAGCUCGAAUCUACAGUCGACUCAUUGGUGACGUCCAUGAAAACGGAACAGUCACCAAACGUCUUCUUAAUGAAAAGACUUUAUCACAAGCAAUACAAAAUGUAACACCUAAUGGUGAACUUGAUCAAGCUUUAUACGGAAUACCAACCGAUUUUAGUAAAGGAGGCUUUCAGAUAUAUGGUGAUGCGUUUCAAAUAUUCGGCGAUAGUGUCUUUGGCCACACUGGUUAUGGCGGUAGCUGUGCUUUUGCGUAUCCUCCUAACGAAUUAGCACAUCUUUCUCAACCAGGGCAUAAAUCUACUUCAACUGUUGCUAUCUCUCACACAUCUUCCUCAUCAUCAAAUGUUCGUACACAUGACUUUCGUCUCUAUCCAGAGUCUCGUGCUGCACAUGAAUACAACGCUAUACAAAUCGAUAAUAUCGCCAGUAGCAUGUUCCACGCUCCGAAAACUUUGCAGGAAAUCGAUAGUUCCAAACUGUUAGCAUACUCGGAAUCUACAUUUCGUUCGGCAUCAUUUCCGAUCAUUUGGCUUGAUAGUAAAGGUGACGUACACUGGAACUACGCUGCUCAAUAUGAAACACUGAAUUAUCUAUUAGAAAAACAAUUUCCUCAGGAAAAACUUUCCACGUGUCUUUCUCGACAACUAUUUAUUUUAGAACAAUGGUCAAUGGGUUUUUUCAGUCGUCACCAUUGUUUUAUUGAACAUUUCGGACAAACCUUAUAUUCACCGUCGAUGACCUUACUGUUACCGCGACGUUUUGCUACUUCGAACGCUGCACCGGAAGAUAUCACGAAGGAAGGAACAGUUCGUCAUUUUCAAUCUAUCUCUCUUUGUUCGUCCCAUAUAACGCAUCCAGACUUGAAAGUCUUACACGAUCAGUUGAGAUCAACUGGAUCGGGAUCAUCGGCUAUCAAAGUGAUCAAUCAUGUUCAUGAGCUACUCGAACGUGAUGAAACGAAAAUUCGAUUUAAAUAUAGUCGAGAAAUAUGGAAAUUUGGGUAUGAUCAUGUGCCACACCGACGAUGGCUAUUCGAUCGAGAUCGAAAUGAAACGAAAAAAUCACUUACUUAUCAUUCACCAAUACCACUCUUGAUCAAUCAUUCCAACGAACAUAUUUAUUACGAUCAGAGUCCUUCAUUUGAUCCGUCGAAAUGGAUUCCAAGAAAUGUACCUCAAGCAUCGCCCAUAGAUGUUCUCCCUGGUUCAUCGAAAAUUAUGACCGUUCAAGAUAAGAUCUUCACUUCAUUUCUUCGUUAUAUGUUUUUACUAUUUUUCUCUCCGCUAGCUCCGCGUAUUCAAACUUCGGCCAAAUUAUUAGCUCAUUAUUGGUCUGAACAUUUAUCUAGUAAAUAUCAUCAACCCUAUAAAGAAGCUUUGUCAAAAAUGGCUGUUAUGUUUAUUCGUCGAGGGGAUAAAAUGCCUGAAGAUUCAUUUUGGCAAAAACAUAAACAGUGGAGAAAUAUUUCCAUGUAUGUUAAAGGUAUCGUUAAUGAAGAAGAACGUCGUCAUAUGAAAUAUACGACGAUAUUUGUCAUGACUGAUGAUCCCAGCGUCAUGAGUUCGAUCAUAAACUAUGCACAAACUGGUUUAAGAACAAGUCAGAAGGAUGAACCGUAUGCCCGUGAACAUUUACAUGGGCGAGAUAUUCUAUACAAUGUUUUCGCUCCUCAAUCAUGUGUUGAUCCGUUGGUUCGUGUGGGCUUCGAUCAAUUCCUUGCUGAUGUUCAGUUUGUUACUGAACAUGCAUCACUUGUUGUUGGACAUACAGAUUCGAAUGUUGGAAGAUAUUUAGAAGAAAUUAUCUAUGUUAAUCGACAGCAUAAUCCGAAUGUCCAAACGUUAACGCAUGUUAUCAAUGCGCCUGAUACACUCGAGUAA